CAAAGUCAACAAAUCGACCUACACCACCUCAAGAUCCCCGGCCAGCCAUGGGCGUCCUCUCGGCGGUGGCGGACGCUGUAGUCGUCCUAUUCUCGCUCACCAUCGCAAUGGCGGCCCCGCUGAUCGGCGCGCAGUCCGUCCUCCCGCCACACCUAUACCCGGCGCCGUUGCGGGACUUCAAGCGGUGGUACGCCGCCGAGUUCGACGACUACCUCAUGGCCCAGCCGCCGGCCUUCCUCCUCGGCAUCUUCUGGCUCGAGAUCGCCUUCCUCUGGCCACUCUCCGUCGCCACCAUCUACGGCGUCCUCGCCCGCCGCCGCUGGGGCGCCACCACCUCCCUCAUGGCCGGCGUCUCCACCCUCACCUCCAUGUCUGCAAUACUUGGUGAGAUGCUGGGCUCAGGAAGGGCAACGCCGAGGCUGCUUCAGCUGUAUGCUCCAUACCUUGUGUUUGCCGUCAUUGCAAUUUUGCGCGGCCUCUGCUCAUGCUCGGCGCCGCCUUCCCCUGCAUCUUCUGCUCGGAAGAAGAGGGUCUAGAUUGAAUUUGCAUUUCCGAUGCUUUCUGAAGAUAUUCAAGUGUCACAAGAUGUACCAAGAUAUGUUGAACAGAUGUACCGUCCAGCAUAUCAUUCCAUUGACUAUGUUUAGUGUGAUUAUAACCCUAGAUAUCACUCUCACAAUCUAACAGAGCUACUGCAGUUUCAGUAUGCAGGCAAUCUAGUCUAGUGACACUCAAUGCCAACUCAAUAUUAUUUUUCCAGUUGGACCUCAA